CCUAGCGAUGGGGAGUCGUCGGAGAAAAAGAAGCGUCACCGAGAUGCUGGGCUCGAGGUCCAGCGGUUUGUCCGAUGCUGGCGCGUUGUUGAGGCUGAAUUUAAAGAUUUUAAGAGCAGUCAUCCUCCAGGACCACAGAACAUUUACCAGAGUGUGGAGCAAGACCUCAAAAUCUACAAUAUCAUAUGAGGAUGGGAGAAUCUAUUUUGAGAAUUUCCGGAGUUGCUACAGUAGCAUUCAUUCAGAGCCACAGAUUCAGUACAUGUUGCCCAAAUGUUCUAAACUGGAGAAAAUCGAAAAUGCGUUACUAUGUCAGAGCCCACUUGACAAAGCACUGCCCAAUCCAUCUGAUCAUAAACCUUGCCUCUUGGCUUUGACGGCUGAUAACUGGCUGUAUCGUCUAGCUGCUCAGACAGGCGAUGUACUUCAGAAGAUUUACCUGUCUCCACACUUUAAGUUCAGAUACAUUGGUUGGGAUGUUCCUCAAGAGACAUUUUAUCUCAAAUCUACUCAAAACAAAGGGACACCUUUAGCAGGACAGUCAGGUUUGAAUCAAGGUACCUUGAUGCACUUGGCCAUCUUCCAUGUUUUCCCCUUGGAAAUUGUGGGAAUUUUAGAGAUCACAAAAGAGGUCUUUGGGAACAGUGUUACCGAUGCUGUUUUAGCUCAAGGAGUCCUUUGUGUCUCUCACAGCAACAAGUCAGUGAAGCUUUACAGCUGUGAACACAUCCUGAAGAAGUAUAUGACAACAAAACUGACUCUUGGAGAGCAGAGUUCCUUCAGUGGGGGAAAUAGAGUCGGGAAUGUUCCUUUGGGUAUUCCUGUGAAUAUCCACUUCAACGAUUGCCCUCCAGUGCUUUUUGAGGUGUCUUGUUCUAGCUAUAGUGUACAAAUCGGAGGCUGCCCAUGGCACUAUAUUUACACACCGCCGCACAAGAAACACAAGGGAACCCACCAUAUCUGCUCGCUGGAGGACAGCAUUUUGGCAACUAAUGGAAUACAGGAAAUGAACCGUUGCUCUCUGGAGGAUGACUGGAUCUUCUUCCACCAUGACGACUCGGGAAGAAUCAUUCACUUUGGACCGAGCACCAUAAAUGUGUUAAAGAUUCUGAAAGGGCUCAAGAGCGGUAUGCCAUGUGAAGUAGUUGUGGAUUUUUCCAUCGCUGCGCAUCGAGACGUCAGUGUUGACUCCCAAGUCGUCGUCACGUCCUCAGGUCGCACAGUGAAGAGAAGAGCUCAACAGCUGGAUGAUGACCCGGACCAAGAGACCUUCCGACUGGUGGAAUACGAAGAUGAGCUGGACCUUCUGGCGGUCGUGGUAACCGACUCUGAGGAGGGGGAAGCAAAAGCUCACGUCAGACUGUUUGACAACAAGAGCGGGGACUUGCUAAAGACCGUUCCUCUGGCAGGAUGUUGGGAUGAGACUUACUGCCAUGGGGUGUUCAUCGACAGAGAGACUAUUAUUCAUAUAGGGCAAAAGAACAACAACUACAGCUGCAAUGUUUACAAACUCCAAAACAGCAGAAAAUAAUGUUCUGAUGACCAGCACUCCUCGGUUGAACACCGCUCCACUGUGAAAGCAUUUGAUGCCGAAUGAAAAUCUACUUUUAUAUAUAU